GGCGUUCCAUUGAAAUCGGACCCCAAAAUAGUGAAGUCGAAUUAAAUAAUUUUCCCCCAAAUUAGAGGUUUUUAUAGAGAGAGAAGAGAAGAAAGCAAAGAACACGCUCGGUUUUUACUUUUUAGUGUUCAUGGAUUCUACAGAAAACCUCUUAUAAAACAAGAAAAAGAUUACAAAUUCAGAUCCGUUUUCUAGUUACAUCUCCAAAUUCACGAUAGCAUUUCUUAACUAUCUAAUCAAAAUCCCCCUUUUUUUAGUUUUGCCCUAUCAUUUUUUUCCAUGUAUACUUAUAUAUCUCAUGGCUAAGAAUUUUAUUUAUGCUAAAGAAACCCUAAAUUAACCGUGUUAUUUUAUUGGGGCAUGACGAAGAGGAAGGAACGAAUCCUAUCAGAACUUUAUGAUGUGACAGAAAAGAUUAUGGAACCAGAGAUCACGCCAGUUUUAAAAGGGAGUUGUCGCAUACAAGGACCUGUGGAAGAGACAGAUCAGGACGUUCAGAAGAAUACGAGAUCACGUCGAGGUGAAAAGAGAUUUGGCGGGGUUUCUCUAAGUGAAAAGUUUUGUAUGAGAGAAGAAUCUGGAACAUGCAACGUGUGUGCUGCGCCUUGCUCUUCUUGUAUGCAUUUUGAUCGAGUAGCGUCACGCAUGGAUGUAAAAUCUGAGGAUGAGUGUUCAGAUGGAACCUCAAGAGGAAAGGAAGCCAGUCGCUGUUCUUUUAGUGUUACUGGUGUGUUGCCCAUUUCGAAGAAUAUAACGUUGCAGAAACGUCAGUGUGCUGCGGCUAGUGAAACAAGUAACGUCUUCAGCGCAUGCUCAAGUCAUGAUUCGUUUUCAGAAAAUGCUGAAAGCAAGGCAACCGAAGAUAUAGAGAUGCUUCCAGUAGUUUCAUCAGGUGGAACUUUAGAGUGUCAUGGUGAUAACAUUUCAUGUGUCAGUGGGGUUAAUGAUGCAGUCCCGCCAGUUGCAGAUCAUCCUAAUUCCAACAUGAAAUGGAAGAAUGUAUCAUCUAGUUCAGCAUCUGUUAGUAGCCUCCAUCCAGAAAUAUCUGAGAAAAACAAUCUUGUUCAGUUGGUUACGGGUUCUGUGAAUGGUAUUAAAUGUGAAGUGGAAGAGAACUGUGGGACGUUUAGAAAGCCAAGCGUGUAUACAAAAGAAGUCAUACGUCCAACAUCAGCCAAACAAGAAGUUCAUUUAGAAGAAAUAAGGAUCCCGUCUUCACGCUCUAGAAGUGGUAAAUUGGCACCUUGUACUGCAGAUAACAAAGAUUUAAAAGAAAGCUCUUCUUCACAGCGCCAAGUUGAUCCUUUUGAAUUAUUAAUGCCAAAUGCUUCAACAGCCAAUAGUGCCAGUACAAAUAAACAAACUUCCGAAAACCGUGAUGAAAAUCUUGCUAAAUUCGAGCACAAUAAAACUAGAUGUAUGGAAAAUGGUUCCUCUGGCCAGGAAGCUGGAAUCGAUGUGGAAAUUGGGGGUUCACCAUCUGAAUCUGUGAAAUGUUUGGACCUCAAUGAAAUAGCUGAGAAGCCCGUUGUGUUGCCUGAAUCUUCUGGUGUCCGGGACAGUUCUUUGCAGGUGCAGUCUCAGCCUGUUGAUGAGAGUGAUGGCUCUGAAGUUGAGGAGGAUGUUAAGGUUUGUGAUAUCUGUGGGGAUGCUGGUCGAGAAGACCUGCUUGCUGUAUGCAGUCGUUGUGGUGAUGGGGCAGAGCAUACUUAUUGCAUGCGAGAAAUGGUGGAUAAAGUUCCAGAAGGUGAUUGGCUUUGUGAAGAAUGCAAAUUUAAGGAUGAUGCUGAAAAGCAAAAGCGAGAUAAGCCAGAAGCAGCAGUUGAACCUACAAAACAGUCGUGCAUAGAUGAGAAAGAAAGUACGACAAAUGCUAAAGUCUUAAAUAAGUCGGAUGUAAAAGCAUUAGACGCAGAGUCCAAAUUAUCUCCCAAGAUAGGUUCAAAUGUAAACAUCUCGUCAAAAAGGAAUUUAGAUAAUGUUGAAGGGGUUUCUGCUGUAAAACGACAGGCUUUUGAAUCCAGUUCUGGAUUGUCAAAGCCAUCAAGUUCAAACAAAGAAGCUGCGCUUUCAAAGGUGGGUUCCUUUAAGAGCACAUCGUCAAAGAUGGUGCAACGAAUAGAGUCUCCCACUUCAAGUACCAACCCAUCACAAAACCAUUCUCGGCAACAUUUUUCUGGUACAGGUACAAGUACCCUUCAAAAGUCAAAUUCUUUCACUGAACCAAAGGGCAAAUCUGCACAAGAAGAUUCCACUCUUAAGUUCAAAUUGGCUGAGACAAAAAAAACUAGCAGAUCCUCAUCAUUCGACCAUCGGUCAUACUCUACCGUAAAACAGAGAGAGGAUACUCCUCGUCUCGCUAGUAAGGACGACCUAAGAGGGUCGAAAGUAAAGGAUUGUAGCCCCUUUGAGAGGAAAAAUUCCUCCAGACCAGAUCGGUUUGUGGUUCCUUCACCGAAACCUGGAUCUGGUGGAGGGGCUACUCCAAAGGCUGAUAAAAGUGCUCAUCAGGGUGAGAGUGCUUCAGGAUCAUUCUCAGCCACCUCAGCCACCAACGGACGUAGUAUCAAGGGUAAUCCGGCAGUUCCCAAAUUAUCAAAGCCGCCUCCACUUUUGAAUAUUAGAGACGGUAGAAAAUCUCUAGGUGGCAGCGGUGAUCUUAAGAGACAGUCUUCAGUAUUACCCCGUGGCGUUACUGCAUCACCAAAGAGCGCUAUGAACCUUUCAGAUCGAAAGCCAAGUAAAGUUAGUCUUAAGGAUGAACCAGCUGUAGAUGGUAGUACUCGUUAUCACAAAUGUAAAGAAAUAGGUCAUAAUGCUCAAUUUUGCUCACUUAAUUACCGUGUUUCUAUUGUUGAAGAUCCUGGUGCAAGAUUUUUAAGUGAUGCAUUGAUCAAAAGAACUAAGUUGAAAGCUGUAGAUGAAGUUUUAUUGUCAAAAAGAUUUGGAGAGCACAAAAAGAGUGGAACUCCUGAUCAGUCGGAUGAUUUGACAAUGUCCUGUGAUAAUGUUAGCCGGGAAGUUGUGUCUAGUGAUCAGACCUCAAUCUUAUCAAGUUGCUUGAAGGGAUUGACUUCCAACAAUAUAGUUCAUGACGGGCAGGAGAAUUUCAAGGGUGUACCAUCCUCCGUAGUUUCCCUGUCAGGCAUUUUGUCAAUUCCGCAGUACGAUUACAUAUGGCAAGGUGGAUUUGAGGUGCAAAAAAGUGAGAGAGUUGUUGAGUUAUUUGAUGGGAUUCAAGCACAUUUAUCCACGGGUUCAUCGCCCAAAGUUCCUGAGGUGGUAAGCAGGUUCCCUUACAAAGUGUUAUUGGAGGAAGUACCCCGGUCGACCGCAUGGCCAGCACAGAUUCAGCAUCAGGCUACGGAAGAAAACAUAGGUGUCUAUUUCUUUGCGAAGGAUAUCGAAAGCUAUGAAAGGAACUAUAAAAGGUUAUUGGAAAACAUGAUUAAGGAGGACUUAGCUCUGAAAGGGAACUUUAAUGGAAUUGAACUUCUGAUUUUCCCGUCGAACCAGCUGCACGAGAGAUCUCAACGUUGGAACACAUUAUUUUAUAUGUGGGGUGUAUUUAAGGGAAGAAGGGUAGAUGAGAGUGUUCGUUCUCAAAAGGAGACUCGUGGAAACUCGUAUGAGAUACACUUGGCUGGAGGGUUACCUUACCCUGCUGUGGUUGAUUCGCAGAGGGAAGGUCUUUCAGGUAAUGUAAAAGGGUUAUCUGCAUCCAUCCCUUCGAUGAGCUCACAAGAAGCAAUCACAUAUCCCCUGUCAUCCAGAAAGUUAGAUAAGAGUUACCACAAAGAAGGGCCAUAUCUCGGGAAUGAGGUUUCAAAGAGUCACGUGCAGGCACCCGAGGAAAGGAAAGGACGCAACACGUUAAUGGAUGAUGAUAGAGAUAAUGUAGAGAUUAGUAAAAUGGAGCUUGAUUCAUGCUCUGUUCUAGCUGGCCAGAACAGUGUCCUUCAAUCUGGUAAUAAUAGAAUGCUGGUAGACUUGAAUACGUUCGAUUGCUCUGAGGCAAAUAUUCCAUCAACUUCAUCAGACUGGAAGGAGAUGUCAUCCGGCCCAUACCCGGUUACUUCUACUUCUCCUGCCCAGGAUUCAAACCGUAUUCACAGUGCAGUUGAAAAGAAAAUUAAGGACAUAAGUAACGUUGAUGAAGUGAUACCCAUUGGAAAUAUCAAAGAUGAGGAUGUUAUGUUAGUAGACACAAUAGCUGCUUUCACAGGUAAUCUGUUGAAGCAGGAAGAUGGAAACAGCUCCGUGUUGCCAUCCAGCAGGAAACGCCCAUGUCCGGCUGCCUCGGACAUUCUCUGUCAAGGUUCUGCUGGAAUCCCUAGUAGUACAAGUCAUUCAAUUCCGCUGGAUGAUAAGUCAGAUCACACUUUAGUUGAUGAGAAGAAUGAACACAAGAAAUUGAAAACUAGUUAUGGCUGCAAUGAUGGAAGUAGUAGCUCUACAGGAAAGAUAUAUUUGGGUGGGAGUUUUCCUAUGAAAGAUCGUGGACAUGAUGCUGAGGAAAAUAUGGCUACUGGUGAGACAAAGAAGUCUGAAAGGUUCAUUUUUCCUGUUGAUUUGAACUGUUCGAGUGACUGGCCAGAAGAAAAAGACACUAUGCCUUUGCAGGUUAUUUCGUCUGAUGAUGAAGAUCAGCCAGAACAUCACUUCCCUAAUUUAGAACUUGGUUUGGGGGGUGAGAAGAAACCAACACUAAAACAGGGAGGUUUGCCGUUUUUUGCAAGAUUAGACGGGGAGAAAGACCCAAGUAAGCAUCCAGAAGAUGCAGUCAAGAAGUCAGGUAGCUUGGAUGUUGCAUUGGGUUCUCUUUCUCUAUCUCUAGCAUUUCCCUUGUCAUCAGUCAAGAAGGAGCAAACCACUGCAAACUCCUCUCUGAACCAUCUUUCAAUACCGGGGCAACUUUUGCCUGAGAGGCGGUCACCACCCAACAUCGACACAUCAGUACUGGACUUGGCUUUGUGACUGCCAGCAUAUUGUUGUAAAUUGUGCCUCUUCAGUUAUUAGUUGUAUACCAGGAUCAUCAAGGAUGAUGGGUCUGGAAAGUUCUCUCACGAGAACUUAUUAGUCGAUUUCUUCCCAUCUGUCUAUAAUCAUAAUCAUAAAAUGUCACUCUACAAGGUUCCUUUGUUUCUUUUUUUUUUUGUUCUUUUUUGUGGGUGGGGAAGUUGUUUACUUAGUCAAACUCGAAACGGCUGUUUGUAUAAAAAGAGAACUAAACGGCCGGACUCCUUACAGAAAAAAAAAAAAAAAAAAGACAGAUGCCUUCCAUA